GACCAAGACAACAUUACCGUCGCCACUCUUCUACAUGUUAAAUAAUAUUAUUAUUAUUACUAUUAUGUCGAUGAACAGCUGAUCAGGAUUCCCUUCCAUCGUCGUUGUGUUAUAAUGUUAUACGUCUCAACGUCUGGACUUGUUAUUUAUUUUUUAUUUCACCAGUUGACCAUGUUAUCAUCAUUAUCAGAACUACCAAUUUGUAACUGCGCGACGACAUAAAGAAUAGAGUGUCAGACGACGAACGAAAAAGCUAGGACGGGAAAAAAGUAGUAUUAAAUUGAUGAUCGAAACAAAUAAAUAAUUAAUUGAUAUUAUCGUAGUUAUUACGUUAAAAAAUUAACAAUCUUCGUCGUAUUUUUCGUGAUAUUGUUAUUAUUAUUUGUUGCUAUCACAUCGUCAUUAUUAAUAAUUUUUCUUUGUUUUCGUUCUCAUACCGUCGUCGGAACUGUCGCGUUUUGUUUCUGUGCGCAAUUCCAAGUGAAUUUCUGUCAAUCGCUGAGACUUGAAGUGUGCCAUCAGUAGUACACGUUGGCGGUUAAAUUUUGGUGCUGCAAUCGAUGUCGAAUGUUCCGGACGUCGUCGUCCGCGUGACGUACGCGGUGGUCGUUCGCUCAUAGUACAACGCGCGCUUCAGAGUCCAAAAACUCAAAGCCCUAUAAUCCGUGUUCGUCAACGUCGUCCUGCAGCGGAGUUCACGUGAACGUUCGUUGCAUGCGAUAUGGGAGCGAAGGCCAGCACGGCCAACGGCGAUGACGGCGGCGCCGGUCACGGAGACCACCGGUCGUUCUCUUCCGGCAACGGAUCAGAUUCUGUGCAGACAGCCAGCAACCCUGGUUUCAGCAUUCUACGGUCUCUACCCAGCGCUGUAGCCAAUGACAGACAGCGUGCUAGGUCUCUAUCUGGUGUGCCCAAUGGUCACGAUAACAACAGCAACUCGACGAGCCCGCGGUUUGAUAUCACAGAAGUCUUGGAAGCUGACAGCAGCUCAAACGACGACCAGAACUUGGACAGUCCUACAGUCACUGCUAAUAUCAGUCUUGGACGUGUUUAUUCGGCUCACUCAUUACCUGCACAUAUUUGGCCAUUUAACGGAAUUAAGUGUCCAGUAUGUUCAAAGUUUGUUUUACCAGACGAGAUAGAAGUACAUCUGGUUAUGUGCUUGACCAAACCUAGACUGAUUUACAACGAAGACGUUUUAAAAGAUGAUAAAGGUGAAUGUGUAAUUUGUUUGGAAGAACUAAUACAAGGUGAUACCAUAGCUAGGCUUCCUUGUCUUUGCAUAUACCAUAAAACAUGUAUAGACAGAUGGUUUGAAGUGAAUAGAUCGUGCCCUGAACAUCCAGGAGAUUGAACCGUUUAUACACUGACUUCGAACAACAUUUGAAGAGGGGAAUAUAAGAUAAUAUAACAAAAAAUUGUUGCGCAGCUAUAUGUAUUAUGAAUAAUGAUUAUUAUAUUAUGAUUAAUAAUAAUUUAAUUUUUUUUAACAAUUACGAGAAGUCGAAACGCUAAUUCCGAACUAUAUACUAUUACCAUUUACCAUACCAAUAUUAAAAUAUAUACACAUAAAUUAACUUCAAAUAAUGUGCAUGAAAAACAAAUAAAUAACGACGUAAUUAUAUCAUCUAUAUUAUGCUUUCAAUAUUUUGCAAUUCGGUUGUGUACAAAGGCUGAUACAACUGUUGAUUAUCAAUUUUCGAUUGAUUUUUUUUUUUAUUUAUUGUUUAUGAAAAUGAUACGUGGACUAACAAAAUCACUUAAACUUUUAUUCUUGACUAUAAGGUGUUUUUUCCACACAAAUUGUUUUUUUCUCGUUUAAUGCUUUAUAUAAUGUAUAAAUUCGAGCUAUAUUCGGUUGAGAUAUAACUUAAAAUAUAAUUAAAACCAUUUUUCUAUUAGUACAUUAUUUAUACUACAUAAUUAUAUAGUUGA